AUGGUUGCGGAAUCGGUGCAGAAAUCUGGGGACCCUACUGCAGAGAAGAAAAAGGGUGAUGCUGCUAAGGAGGAUGAUUUGCACUUAUGCGCCGAUAUUGUAUCUGUUUUGGGAAUGACAAUGACUGAUAAACCAGAGGCUCGGUUCGAUACGCUGAACUAUCGAUUGUUGGGCACCAAUUGCGAGAUCGGGGCUUGGGGACAUGAAUAUGUUCGCCAUCUGACAAGCCAGGUGGUUGCUAUAUGGCAGGAAUCGGAUAUGGAGUCUGGGGACAGCUCUGGUACAUAA